AUGAAUCCAUUAAGGCUUUUAGAGACAGGCGAAUUUUCAGACGUUAAUGUAUUUUUCGAAAAUGAAGUUUUUCAUCUGCACAAAUUUCCACUUCUUCUCAAGAUUGGCUAUGUCAAGGAUAAAUUUGCUUCCUCUUCUGAGCUACACAUGCCAUUUAUCGAUGGUGGUUCAGAUAUUUUAGCAGAUGUUUUCGCCUUUUGCUAUGGGAAAGAGAUCGAAAUUAAUCCUCGGAAUGUAUCCUUUCUUAAUAGUGCGGGCCGCACACUAGACAUGUUUGGAAAACGAAAUCUUGUUGAUCUUACUGAUGAAUAUGUCAACAUCAUUAUCUCCGACAUGCGUUUGACCCAUAAAUUUGGACCAGCGAUCGUUGCUCUUGCUUUUGCUUCUGGAAUAAAGAAUUUUGAAUAUUGUGAAACCUUUGUUCGAUUAUUUGACUCUAUUCUUAGUAUGUGGGCACGCCGAGCACAGCAUAGCGAUGAGCGGCUAACAGUUGAUCCUGUUUUAACCGAAUUUCUUGUUUUCUUGCCAGAAAAUGUUGUUAUUCGAAUUAUUCAAGAAAUAUCUACGAUAAAAUCCACACAUUAUGCAAUUGCCGAACUAACUUCCAAAUUCUUUGCUCUAAGAUUUGCUCUAAAUAAUGCCAUUUCAGAAGGCGAUUGUGCUCAGGAAGGAAAGCCCGAGGAUAAUGGUAGAGGCCAAGAGCACAAAAGUGGCAAUAUGUUUACGAAUUUUCUAAAAAAGGCCAUUGCUACAACAUGUGUUCCUCUUGAAAGGUUAAGUAGCUUUGAUAAGGAUCUUCUAGCUGAAGAAAUUGCACUAAUUGGUUUCGAAUCCGCUUCUAUGGAUGAAAUGCUUGAUAAUAUUUUCUCUAUCCUUCCAAAAGAUGUUCCCCUUGCCAGCAGAAUCAAUGUUGACUGGUGCAAACAGGCACUUUCAGCAACGGAUGUUCGACGGGAGAGCUCGAUUAGCCGUCCGCUGAUUCUGGAAAUUACUGGCAAGAUGUUGGCCCGUUUCAGUAUCCACGAGCUAAGACUGAUUCCACCACAAACUAUCAAAGACAUCCUCUCCACAAUACAAAAGCGUUGCCUGGCAUCGACUAGUGACGGCCCUCUCUUAAUUCCUGGCAUUUCUGAUACGGACCAUGGAAAGCAAACAGCUUCUUCAAGUGGAAUUGAAACAGGAUCAAUUGCUGAGAACUUGGAUCUCUACUUUAACACAGCGAUUGAAAGUCAGGAUAUGAGCAUUGAGGAAUACAUCAGUCUUCUAAAGACUGCGAUGCCUCUAGCCAGAAGAGAGAACCACGAUGGUGUCAUCAGAGGCAUCGUUAAGCUCAUCAGAUCAAGUAUGGUUAAAGCGCUGCGAUUUCCAUGCACAUUUCAUUGUAUUCCAGGGAAUGAGACGUUGACGGAUGGAUUGAGGGAGGAGAUCUUAAGUGUAUUGGAUCUUGAUCGGUGUUCCGCUGUCGCUUUGCAGGAAGCCCUUGAGGCCAACAUUCUUCCAACCCGAGCCGUAGCUGAGGCUGCUUUGAAAUUUGCAAAACAGAAGGAGAAUCCCAUCAAUACAAGUGCUUUGGUAGUCAGAGAUCGUGGUGGCGCGACAUCGCCAUCUCGUUACUCGUCAUCGACGACGUCACUUUACCGAUCGUCGAGGUAUGCACUGCCCUUCCAGCACUACGCCAUGUCCUCGGCCUAUCACCACUUCGCCUCACUCGCCACCUCCUCCUCCUCCACGACCUCUGCCUCCACAGGCUACCUGCUCUCCAAUGCAUCACCACUUCGUCAGCGUCGUCGGCCUUGGGAACGCGGCGUCGCUGGCGGUGGGGCACUCUACGAGAGAUACGACGACUACAGAUACUACGAUGUUGGUGGCAGUGGUGAUUAUACAGCUUCCAAACUGGAAAACGAUGAAUCUCAAUGGAACGAUAACGAUGUCACCUCCAAGACGGCCUCAACAACAAAUCUUCGAGGUACCGAGUACUGA